AUGUUCACCAACAACCCCGUCCCUUACGAAUUCACCCUCCUCGCUCGAAGCCUUUUCUCCCUGAGCGGUCUAUUCAACGUCAUCCUAUUCUUCACAACGAGAUACGAUUUAGUCGCGGGCGUCUCCGGGGCUCCUCAACCCCAAAGCACUGCAGGCACAGUUCCCACUCAGGCGCCUAACGGAGCGGCGGGCGGGAACUACUACAGAGAGAAAGCUAAUGGGACGCUCGAUUCACGGUCCUAUCCAUCUUCGCCCCUCUCGCCAUACGCGACGCACGACCCACUUCUCUCGAACCUAAAACCCAACUACAAGCAGCAUGGGCGUCUACCUCACUCACCGCUUUUGCACCACUCUUACGGUCAGCAGGAGUCUCCGUCUCAUGCUAACCGGCAAGAAAUCAACUUUGGCCCGCACGGUAUUUACUCUGAUGCUCAACAUCAGCCGUACGAGAUGGGGGAUCGAGAUCGAGGGAGCGUGAUCCAGGUUAACGAAGCGUCUUGGUCGAAGGAUCCCAGCUCCAGCACCCAGAGGACUCUGGAAAGUUAUCACGAUGAGGAUAGUGACGAGAUGGGGAUCCCUCCACCGGCUAUCAGGGGAUAA